AUGUACACGCUUACGAUACCGCUGAAAGCUAUUUCCAUAGGCCUAUUGAACAUUUCACAGAUCCAAACCGAGUACAAUUUCAAGUUCAACACCUUGUCCUGGGGCGUUUGCGUGCCAGCGGUUUGCCGAACGCCAUCUAUCGACAGAUUCAUCCGCACUCUAUUCAGGCUCAGUCACAUGGGUACCGUCAACCGCCAACCUGAAAUUAAAAUUCAGGAUUGUCAAGUUUCCCGAACACCACCGGGAAAUAGAACCGGCUUGUACUUACUUAUGUUGUCCGCCCUGCUUUUAGUAGUGAUUACAACAAUUUGCACAUACUUCACUAGGAAGUGCGACACGUCAAAAUCCAAUCGGAUAGUCAUGAAGAUUGUAAGUGCGUUCGACCUUAGAAGCAACGCUGCGGAUCUCAUGUCUACCGGUAAAGAUGACAUCAAAGUGAUGCACGGAAUCAGAUUUUUGACGGCGUUCAUUGUUGUUGUCCUUCAUGUGAUGUUCAUCAACAUCAUGGCCACGGCCGGUAACGCCUUGGAUAUGAACGACGAUUUUAAACGUUACGCUAGCUUCCUUUCUCAUACUAGUGUCGUUGUGGAUACAUACUUCAUGAUGUCUGGUCUACUUCUGAUGAAGAGUUUUAAGCCUGAAACUGGAAGAUCCAUAAGCCCAUUCAAGAUGCUGUUGAAGCGCUACUUCAGAUUGAUAUGGGUCUUCAUCGUCAUAAUCCUGGUUGCGGUCACAGCUACUCCGUAUCUUUACGGCGGUCCCCUGUGGCCAAAGUACGCCAAGGUCGAAAAGGAGGCGUGCGAAAAGACCUGGUGGGUGGGUUUACUGAUGCUGGGGAACUACGUGUCCACCAGGGAUAUUUGCAUGCAAAUCACUUGGUACGUUCCGGCCGACUAUCAUUUAGCCGCCCUCAGCACAAUACUGUACUGGCUGUACCAGAAAAACCGCCGCGGUGGACAGUACCUAUUCGGGCUGGUCACAGUUAUCUCGCUGCUGCUUCCAGGAGUCUACACCUUCAUCAACAAGCUGGACGCUGUCACCGUCUUCGAUUAUGAGACAAUAGCGGACAAUCGCAAAUACAUUACAGAUGCGCCGAUGUACGUGUACAGUCAUAUUCGAGCAAGUCCAUACUUCGUGGGAUUAAUAGCCGGAUAUAUCCUAUCUGUGUAUAAGCCAACUAACUAUAGGAACGUUAUAUCAACGGUGGAACCGCUCACGGACUGUUACUCCUUACAGAAAUACUCAAUUCUUUGCUUCACCACGGUAAUGGCCCUGUCGGGAGGGAUACUUGUCAUGGGCCCAGCGUAUCGCUUCCGGGAAUACAACGCGCUGGAGUCUGCUUUCUUCGCGGCCCUAAACAGACCCAUUUGGGCAGCGCUAAUGGCUGCGUUCAUAUUGCUGUGCGAGUAUGGAACUUUACCUCUGGUCACCGACUUUCUGGGGUGGUCGGUAUUCGCACCUCUCAGUAAACUCUCCUUCGGCAUUUAUAUGUGCCAUUAUUUCUUCGUCAUGAGGCUCACGCUAGACUUAAGGACCCCAGCGUGGCACGACUUGUUCAGACUGGUGCAAGAUUCCUUAGGCAUUUUAGUGGUUUCCAGUGUUCUCAGUCUAUAUCUUACUUUAUUCCUCGAGUCACCCUUAAAUAACUUAGUGGCACUGGUUCUGAAAACUAAAUCAAAGGCUGCUAAAGAUAAUACCGCAAAAAUCGAUGCAGCCACACUUAAACACGAUUCUUUAAAGGAUAAUGCUAUCAAUAAUGCGGCCACGAUAGAAGAGAUUAGAUUUACGGCAAUGAAGAAUGAGUUCAGGAAAGAAAAUACCGUUGGAAAUAUGAAUGGGAUAGAUAACAAGGGAUAUACAGCAGAAGCAAACGAAGAAGUACCGAAGAGUAGAGAAACUCAACAUUGCGGUAUGCAAGAAACUGAAUGGAGACAAGAUUUU